AUGACAGGGUUUUCCUCUCCAUGCGGCGCAUGCAAGUUCCUUGGGAGGAGGUGCGUCAAUGGGUGUGUCUUGGCUCCACACUUGUGCCACGAGCAAGGGGCUGCACAUUUUGCCGCCAUCCAUAAGGUCUUUGGUGCAAGCAACGCCUCGAAGCUCCUCACGAGCCUCCCGGCGACCGACCGCCGUGAGGCUGCGGUCACCAUCUCCUACGAGGCACAGGCCAGGCAACAUGAUCCGGUAUAUGGUUGCGUCGCGCACAUAUUUGCUCUGCAGCAGCAGGUUGUAAAUCUGCAAGCACAGUUGGAGUCGCUCAAAGCUCAGGAACCAGUACAAGGGUACACAAAUACUUGUUCCGUAUCAAGCCCUGAAGAAGACAGUAUGAAGGCAAAGGUUAUGGCUUAUGAGAAAGGGGAAGCUAGGAUGCCACACCCAGGACAUUCAGUAAAGAUUGAAAGAGAGAGCUACUUCGGAAAUGACGCCAUGACCUCCUGCACUUCCAUGCAAUAUUCUCAGGAUUACAACAGUUCACAUGUAUACACACCGGACUAUACAGCCUCGUUUAAAUUUAAUGAUGAGAGUAUACAUGGUAGCACCAUGUUUCCCGUUGAUAUGCAAGACUAUCUGCAAGAGAAUGGGUAUUAUGACACCGAGGGCCUCUAG